UUUCGGAUUUCAUAGACUGAACUAAUUAGUCAUUAUUCUCCUAUUAAAUAUUCUCCUUGGUUAGAACACCUCCCAACCAACAUCAUCACAUAUCAUCCUUGACUUCGGAUGUUCAGCCUUCAAGACAACCUCGACCACCGGUGUCCGUUAUAUACCUAGCUGUGCAAAUCCUGACUACUUCAGACCCAUUAUCUUGAAUAUGAUUUCCCGAUUUUGCUCGGGAGCUGACAAGUUUUCGGUUUCCGGUUUCCGAGAUUAUGGGCUCUACGAACGAGAUAUAAUUAUAUCUCAGAGUUCGUCUGAAAAACCUUUGACUUGCAUUGUGCCACUAUACCACACGUGUGAUCACCUCGACAAUGGAUCGUCGGAAAAAACAAAAGGAUUGAAGAACGAAGAGAUCUUACAGAAAAACCUAUGUUAAGAUCAAAAUGAAAUCUCAUACCCACCGAACUCGCUGAUAUCUUCGAUCCAAUCACCUACUGGAUCGACAACCGAGCUAAUUUUGUAUUCAACGCUCAUGAAAGCUUGGAAGAUUAAGUCGACACAACCAGUAGGCUUCCAUAUCUCUAUAUAAGCCCGUUCCUGUUCACGUCUUUAGGAUCCAUAUCAUUCAACCAAGCCUUCUAGUUUUCCAAUACACCAAUUCUAUCUCUCGUAGCCUGAUUGCUGGUCUCUCUGCUUUUAAUUAAGAUCAUCAACAAUAUGUCAAAUCUAAACCUUGGCCGUCUAUUUUUUGUCAUCAGUGUUCUCACUUUGCAAGGAUUAUCUUUACCUACACCCAAUUCGCUUGUACAAGAUGUCUUUAAAAUCCAGACCUUGGGUCAUAGUCGUUUCGCUAGAAGAGAGCUUGAUGCUACCACGUACGAGACUUAUCAGAUCUCAGACGGAACGGCGGGAAAUGCAAAAGAAGCUGCGAGCAAGUUGUUCUUGCAACCUUUCGGAUUGACUUUGUCACCUGAACUGGAAGUCUCCCCGAUAGAGGCAUUGAAAUCGAUCAGUAAGGAGGACAUCAACGCGAUGUUCAAGAUAGGUCAUGAAGGAAAUGUUCAGGAGAAGGAAGGAUUCAAUCAGGCUAUCGAGGCCGCCAAAGGGAACAAAGAGUUGCUUGCCACACUCAAGAGGGGAAAGACUGCCAAUAAGGUCUUAAAGUUAAUGGCUCAAGUUGUGGGUUUAGCUGCUCAAGUGGCCCAAGGCGGAGAAGAGAGAAAAGAGAAGCUAGAAAAAGAAAAAAAGAAGUUGGCUCACAAUAUUGAAACAGAUGAAAAAAACAAAGGCAAACCAAUGUCUUCUUUCCUUUCUGGUAGUACUAGUGGUACAUCCACUCAUCAAACUGAAUCAGAUCCUGAGUCUACAGAUGAAACAGAACAGCCUGAGGCAUCAGAAUUAGCUUCACUUGUGUAA